AUGGUGAAGGAGAUGGAACGAACUUGCGCGUUGAUUUCUUCUUUCUAUCUUUCUUGUGUUGUUAAAGUUGCUUGCUAUGAGAGAGAAAGAAUUUCUCGUGGUUUUAUCAAUGUUGGAAUAAUUCUUCGUGUGGAACGAGAAACCGCUUUCUCGGAAGAAUCUGAUGGUACCUGCAUGCAUUAG